AUGACUCCGUUGACCGUGCCUGUGGGCGAAGCGAAGCCCGGCGAGACCGCCCCACGCAGACGCGCCGCCCAGAAGAACGGGUGCGUCGCCCGUCCCGAGGACCUGAAGGCGUCGACCAUCCCCGAGUUCUUGGAGGAGUGUGUCAAGCGCAACGGCAACAUCGCCGCCAUGGCGUGGCGGGACUUGAUCGAGAUCCACUCGGAAACUAAGCAAGUGACCAAGGUUGUCAACGGCAAGGAAACCAAGGUCGACAAGGAGUGGCUCUACUACGAACAGCUGCCCUACCACCGCAUCCUGAACCCGGACUUGUUGCUGCUUGUCCACGACUACGCGCGCGGGUUGCACGAAGUGGGGCUCGUCCCCCACCAGGACCGCCUCCACAUCUUUGCCCUGACGCUGGCGAAGUGGAUGCAGACGUUUUUGGCGGCGGCGUUUGAGUCGGUGGCGGUGGUCACCGCCUACGACACCUUGGGCGAGUCCGGUUUGAUCCACCUGAUGGUGGAAACGGGAUCCAACGGGGUGUACACCGAUAACGUGCUUUUGCCCAAUUUGAUCAAACCCGUCCAGGAAGCCAAGGACAUCCGCUUCAUCAUCCACUCCGACCCCAUUGACCCCAACGACAAACGCGCCGGCGGCAAGUUGGCCCGCGAAGCGCAACAGGCCAUCGACAAGAUCAAGGAGGUGCGCCCCGAUAUCAAGUUCUACUCCUACGAUGACGUCAUCGCCUUGGGUAAAAAGUCCCAGGCGAAGCUCAACUUGCCCACCACCGACGAGUACGCGUGUAUCAUGUACACCUCGGGGUCUACUGGUCCUCCCAAAGGUGUCGUGAUCACCCACAAGAUGAUGCUUUGCGGGCUCGGGGGUAUUUCCACCGUUGCUGGCCGCGACUUGGUGUUCCGCGGCGACCGGGUGAUUGCCUUCCUUCCCCUUGCCCACAUCUUCGAGUUGAUGUUUGAGUUGAUGCUGUUCUGGUGGGGGUCGUGUCUCGGCUACGCCAACGUCAAAACGCUUACCGACGUGUCGGUGCGCAACUCGCAGUCAGACUUGGCCGAGUACCGCCCCACCAUUAUGGUCGGUGUCGCUGCCGUGUGGGAGCUGGUGAGAAAGGGGGUUAUCGGCAAAGUGAAGCAGCAGCCGCUGUUUGCGCAAAAGAUCUUCUGGGCCGCUUUCGCCGCCAAGAAGACGUUGAACCACUACCGUCUCCCCGGCGGCAUUUUUGACGUCGUGUUUAAGAAGAUCAAACAGGCCACCGGUGGCGAGUUGCGGGUGGUGCUUAACGGGGGGUCGCCGAUCUCCCGCGACGGCCAGGUGUUUAUCUCCACCCUCAUCGCGCCGAUGUUGAUUGGUUACGGGUUGACGGAACUGUGCGCCAACACCACCAUUGUCGACCACAACCACUUCGCCUACGACACCGUGGGGACGCUUCUUGGCUCGCUUACCGGUAAGCUUGUCGACGUCGCCGAAGCCGGCUACUACGCCAAGAACAACCAGGGCGAGUUGUGGAUUAAGGGCGACUGCAUCACCAAGGAAUACUACAAGAACGAAAAGGAGACCUCGGAGGCGUUUUCCGAGGACGGCUGGUUCAAGACCGGCGACAUUGGCGAGUGGAACGCCGACGGCACCUUGAAGAUUAUCGACCGCAAGAAGAACUUGGUCAAGACGCUCAACGGCGAGUACAUUGCCCUUGAGAAACUCGAGCUGGUGUACCGCCUGAACCCCGUGGUGCUCAACUUGUGCUGCUACGCCGACCAGAACCGGGUGAAGCCGGUGGCGAUCGUGUUGCCCCAGGAGAACAACUUGCGCCUGUUCCUCGCCGACGAAGGGAUCUACUCCAAGGACGAGGCCAAGCUGAAGGAGUUGCUGGCGCUUGUCGAAGACCCCAAGGUGCACGACGCCGUGUACAAAACCAUUUUGGCUACCGGUAAGCAGAACGGGCUCAAGGGGAUCGAGCUCUUGCAAAACAUUGUCCUCUUGGACGACGAGUGGACCCCGCAAAACGGCUACGUCACCCUGGCGCAAAAGUUGCAGAGAAAGAAGAUCUUGGAGUCGUGCAAGGACAAGGUGGAAAAGGCGUACAAGCUGCUGUCGUGA